GGGCAAGAAACCAAGUUCCUUCAUCGUGUCCGCUACGCUGCUACGCCGUCUCGUCGCCGUCCAUCCCCAUCUUCCUCCCCCCCUGUCGCCGUGUCGCGUUUUCUUCCUUCUAUCCUGUUCCUCCCCGACUCCGUGGUGCUCGUGCCCCGAUUCCCCGAAGGUGACGACCUCGACGCCAGCGACGGGACGCAACGAUCCAGGCCUCCAUCCGCCGGAGUCUUCUCUCGUCGAGAGGCGUCGCUCCUCCUCGCGCCUCUGCUUGUACUGGACCGGCGUGGGGUGGGGAGACUUGGACUGGUUGCCUUCCUCUUGUGCUCUCUUUCAGGAAGUCAUGUGCUCGUAAUCUGCUACCAUGGAAAAAUAUAGAGAGGUUAUCUCCUAUCAUCCAUUGCCUGCACCAGGAUUGAUAAACAGCCUGAACGAUGAGAUUCAAUCAAAAGUUAUGGAAACAAUUGGGAAUGCAAUUAACUCAUUUGAUCCAAAGUCGUUGCCUCAGCAUAUAGAAGGGGCUUUGGGAACAGCUGGAAACAUCAUUAACUCAUUUGAGCCAAAAUGGAGCGGGCAAAAGGCGUUUGAUGGGGAAGCUGAUUUUCUUGAUGGAUAUGAAUGCCCUGAUGAGUGUUGGGGCUCCACACCAGUGAAGGCACAAAAGCCCGUAAAUAUUAAGAACAUUCUUGGUGGUAUAAUUGCAAUCAUUGGUCGUAGUUGCAAAAGUGCUGAAGUUCAACAUCCAAAGGACUCUAAGGCUAGUGUCUCAUUCUUGGGGUCAAGUGAUGAUGGAGAUACAUUCUUGCAUUCCUCAGUCUAUAUGCCAAGUGCUCCUCCAGUGCUUGAUGAAGAAGCCUUAAAUUACAACAUUUAUAGGGCUGUGUUGGAAGCAGAACCACCAGAAUGGCUUCCUGACAGUUAUGCUAGCUCGUGCAUGCAGUGUGCUUCUCCUUUCUCUGCUGUUACCUGUGGAAGGCAUCAUUGUCGAUUCUGCGGAGGAAUAUUUUGUAGAGCAUGCUCAAAAGGACGAUGUCUAUUGCCUGUCAAGUUUCGUGAGCGGAAUCCACAAAGAGUUUGUGAUGCAUGUUACGAUAGGCUUGAUCCAUUGCAGAACUUACUGAUUAAUUCUGUCAGCAAUGCCACACAAACUGCAAAGCAUGAUGUUAUGGAUUGGACUUGUGCGAGAGGAUGGUUAAAUUUGCCUAUUGGAUUAACAAUGGAGCAUGAGAUAUAUAAGGCAGCAAAUUCCAUCAGGAGCUAUAGCCAGGUUGCAAGAAUAAACCCUGAGAAGUCUAUUCCUCACGCAGUUCUUAGUGGAGCUAGUGGGCUUGCCAUCUUGACAGUUGUAAAAGCUGGUGCUCUUCUUACUUACAAACUUGGAACUGGCUUAGUAGUUGCUCGAAGAUCUGAUGGGUCAUGGUCUGCACCAUCCGCUAUACUUUCAGUUGGCUUUGGAUGGGGAGCACAGGUUGGUGGUGAGCUAAUGGAUUUCAUCAUAGUGCUCCAUGGUUCAGAAGCUGUCCAAACUUUCUGCAGCCGAAUGCAUUUUUCACUUGGGGCAGGUGUAAGUGUUGCAGCAGGACCUGUUGGCAGAGUAUUAGAAGCAGACCUGAGAGCUGGUGAUAAAGGAUCAGGAGUUUGUUAUACAUAUAGCUGCAGCAAAGGUGCAUUCAUUGGUGUUUCAUUAGAAGGGAACAUAGUUACCACACGGAUGGAUGCUAAUCUGCGGUUUUACGGUGACCCGUAUCUAACGACCUGCGACAUUCUUAUGGGGAAUGUGGAAAGACCAAAUGCUGCUAAGUUUCUGUACACAGCGUUGGAUGAUCUUUACUCAGGGCUGGUGUGUUAGCUCAAUGUGAAGCUGAAUUGUACAUAGUUGCUUUGAGUUUUUCGAUUGUGCCAGGUUGUAUAUAUCCACGAAAUUCUUUUGCCGUUUGACGGGCAACAUUGGGUAUGAACUAACGAAAUGCCAGAUAGUCUGUGGACAUGCAAGUGGACAUCAUUAUGAAAUACUCCUGACCUGAGCCCAAAGGAACUUAGAUCA